AUGUCGAAUACCAACGAGAAAUACGUCUUCGGUAGAAGUAAAAUGGAAUCACAACGACUCGAUGCGCAGCACAGCUUGCUGGUAAAAGCAACACAAAACACUCUGGUUCACCCAUCUAUCCCAAAGGAAAAUGUCAUCUCAGUUGCGGAUAUAGCAACCGGGACCGGGGUAUGGCUCCGAGAUACUGCAAAGCUCCUAGGAAAAGUUAAUACAACCCAACGUUACUAUCAUGGAUUUGAUAUAUCGCCUGAUCAGUUCCCUGAUGACAUGGGCGACAUCGAAUUUUCUGUUCACGAUAUAACAGCACCCUUCCCGAAAGAACAUUGGAAUCGCUACGACUUGGUCCAUGUACGAUUGUUGGUUGCCGCUAUUGACGAAGUUGAAUACAAAGCUGCGGUCGCCAACAUUCAUCAAAUUUUAAAACCUGGUGGGUUCCUCCAAUGGGAGGAAAUCGACGAAGUAACGUACAAACUAGAAAACAACACCGUCUUUGAGGAAAUUUGGCGAUGCUUUGACUCUUCGUUCAAGGCGGAAGGGAAAUGCUUCCAAGCAUCAGCAAAGGUUCUUGAGGAGUGCAUGGCGGCUGGUUACUCAAACGUCGAGCGGCUAGCUUACAGUUCAGACUGGGACAAUAACCUUCGUCCGGAUACCGAAGCAAGAUUUGUUGCAAUUAUCGAAACGUUGUAUGCAAGCCUUUUGUUGCGGUCCGGGCAGGUGGAUGAUGAGCUAGCAGCAUCAAAGCAGGCUGGGGAGCUGAUCAAGAAAUAUCAACAACUUUGUGGGAAUGGAAACUCCCCGCCGGUGAAACUUAUGAGGGUUGUUGCUCAAAAGCAAACCGCUUGA